UAUCAGCGAGUCAUCCAACCCAUCCCAUAUUCCGAUCCUUCUCAAUUUUAUCCUGUGAUUAAUCGAAUAUGGCGGAAGGUCAAGAAAGCUCUAAUAAAAUUAAUGUUACAGUGAAAACACCGAAAGAAAAGGUAGUCAUUGAAGUUGAAGAGAAUGCGUCGAUUAAAGAUUUCAAGGAAUUGGUGGCCAAGAAAUUCAACGCCCAGCCUGAACAGCUCUGCUUGAUAUUCGCGGGGAAGAUUAUGAAGGAUCCAGAGACACUGGCUACUCAUAAGGUGAAGGAUGGACUCACUGUGCACCUGGUGAUAAAGACAAAUACUAGAACUGCGGAACAGCCGCCUGCUGCUGCAAACACCACUACAGCGAACAGGCCUGAUGUAUCAGCAACUCCAUUUGGGCUGGGAGUGUUGGGAGGUCUGGGCGGGAUGGAAGCUCUGGGAAUGGGCUCUGGCAACUUCAUGGAGAUACAGCAGUCAAUGCAGAGAGAGCUUCUGCGAAACCCUGAUUUUCUGAGGCAGAUGAUGGACAAUCCACUGGUACAGCAGAUCAUGGGCGAUCCUCAGAACAUGCGUCAGCUCAUUCUAGCCAACCCUCAGAUGCAGGAGUUAAUGGAGCGUAAUCCCGAGAUCAACCACUUGCUCAACAAUCCGGAUCUGCUGCGUCAGACGAUGGAGAUGGCCCGCAACCCUUCCAUGCUGCAGGAGCUCAUGAGAUCCCAGGACCGGGCUAUGUCCAACCUGGAGUCCAUUCCGGGAGGAUACAACGCUCUGCAGAGAAUGUAUAGAGAUAUACAGGAGCCCAUGUUGAACGCUGCCAGUGAGCAGUUCAGCCGUAACCCUUACGCUGUUCCUACCAGCAAUACAGAUGCAACAAACCCACAGCAAGGCCAGGAGAACAGAGACCCGCUGCCGAACCCGUGGGAUGGUGGGACGCCCUCGGAUGCUACCAGGCCUCGUCCUACCCCUCCCACCACUGGGACGCCCCCCUCCAUGCAGUCUCUCAUGGCCCAAAUGAUGGAGAACCCUCAGCUCCUUCAGAACAUGAUGAAUGCUCCCUACACUCAGUCGAUCAUGCAGGCGAUGGCGGCUGACCCCAAUAUGGCCAACAGUGUCCUGGCCAACAAUCCCCUGCUGGCCAGUAAUCCAGCACUUCAGACACAAUUUCGGGAAAUGAUGCCGACAUUGCUGCAGCAAAUGCAGAACCCAGAUAUACAGGGACUGAUGACCAAUCCGGAUGCACUGAGGGCUGUACAACAGAUUCAGCAGGGCAUUGAGCAGUUGUAUACCUCUGUGCCAGGACUGGCCAACACAAUGGGUACUUUAGGACAGACAUUUCCUCCCACUGUGCCUCCAGCGGCUGCCCCUCCCACCACAACUGCGUCUAGCCCCGCACCCACGACCCCGGCAGCCCCCACAAACACCACAGCCCCACAACAGGAUGUAUUCUCCCAGUUCAUGGCCAGAAUGGUAUCACAGAUGUCUGCACAAGGGCCUAAUGCCUCCUCACAGCCGCCAGAGGAGAGGUACCGCAGCCAACUGGAACAGCUCACUGCCAUGGGCUUCGUCAAUCGGGAGGCUAACCUGCAAGCUCUGAUAGCCACGUUUGGAGACAUCAACGCUGCAGUAGAGAGGCUCCUGGCCAACAGUCAACUGACGCACAGCUAACAUUCCUCUCUUCCUCCCUCCCCCCAGCUCUAGUUACCUUCAGACACGCUGAUCCAAAUUAUACACUUGUGUUACUGUUACAUCGUCUAUCUUCAUUUAUUCCACUAGUUAUAAUUUUAUUUAUGUUUCCGAUUAAGUACAUGUACAAUAAACUGGCUGUAAAAGGGUCACUUUAUCAUGUCUCUAUUUAAGAUUUGUUUUAUUUCAUAGAGAACAAAUACAGAGAUCAAGAUGUUUUUCCUGUAAUCUCUUUCAAUGUUAUCCCUUUUCAGAAUUCAUAGUAACACUUUUUGCCUAUAAGUCCUCUUUCUUGAAUAUGCUAUAGUGUUGAAGUGUGAACAGUGUUGUUGUUUUGGCAUCGGUUAUAAUGUUUCCUGUUGAUUUGAUGUUUUAUUGUAUUUUACAUGUCCCAUAAUUUGUCUCAUAUUAGUUUUGGGUUAGUAUGCGAUUGUUAUCUAUUUUAUGUGGAGUUUGUCUAGUUUUACUAUCUAUUCCAUUACUUUAUUGGUUUUAUUUAUUUUUAUUACGAGCAAUGUAUCAGUGUAGUUGAUGAGCUUGCGGAUUAGCGUUGUCACUAACUUAUCCUUUAUGUAUCUUUGGCUGUGGUGUGGAUUGUGAAUUUUGAAUCACAUAGAAUUUACAAUACUGAAAUAUUACAUACAGUUUUAAAGCUUAAAUUUUAAGUUUUUGAUAACGUAACAAUAAAUUACAUUUUACUGUAAUAUUAAAAAAUCAAUUAAGUGUUAAUUGACCAAAAAUAUGAAUUUAAACUUCUGUUAUUGGGUAAAAAUUAUCUAGAAAUAGAAUGGUAUAAUUUUACUACUGUAAGAUAUUUUUUAUGUUUUUUUUUUAAUCAAUUAUUAAUUUUAUUUUUUAUCUUGGAAUAUUUUGAAACGUUGGUUUCUUUACUUGAAAGAAUUGAGAAAGAAAGCUUUGUUCUUCAUUACUUUAUAUUUUUGUUAAGAUCUUGAAAAAGUAGUACUAUUGUACAAUUUCUGUAACAGGUUCAUUACAACCAGAGUACUGGUUAUGUAACAAAAGUUUAGCCUUAAUAUACCAAAUAUUCCUAAUUGUUUUCAUGAAAAUAAGCUUGUAAUUAUAAAAAUAAAAGCUAUUGUAUAAUCAAAAGAUGAAAAACACCUUUUUCCCUCUUUAUUAAGUGAUCCCCACCAGGUGGGUUGUAUAGCGAGUUAAAAUAUAUUGAAAAUGUUUGUUGUAACCUGUAGACAGGUUAUCUCUUAUCACAUAUAUAGAGAAUAUACUAAUUCGUGUUCAGUUAGUGCCACUAAUGUUUUUGAAACGUAUUACUAUUCCAAUUAUCCACGCCACAAAUUUUCUCACUGUUCUUCUUCUUCGUCUCUGUGUUAUUAUCAACACAUUGUAAUAAAUAUUCUAAUGAACAGUAUGAUGUUAUGUGUGAAUGAUGGGAAAUAGAGUGUAUCUACAUAAUUAAAGGAAUAUUUUUCUUUUUGUGCUACAA